UGCUGCCGUCACCUUGACGCACCUGCCGGUCAGUCGGCAUGACAACGCGCUCUCGAGGACAAACGGAGAACGGCUGACGGGCGCGAGGAUGGCCGCUGAAGAUGCCCAGUAACGGAAACAGCGGCGGGAAGAACAGCGGCGGGAAGCCACAGAAGAGCAGCACCGGGAGCUGCACCGGGACGUGCACCGGGCCCGGGGCCGCGGGCGGCUCGGUCCAUGUCCCGGCCAUGCAGAGAGCCAGGCCGGUAACGGUGACGGUAACCGGGGUGAGCCUGGCUCUCAGCCUGCUGUCCCUGCUGCUGCUGGUCUCCGCCAUCUCCACCGACCACUGGUACGAGACCGACACCCGCCGCCACAAGCUCAACUGCGACGGUUCCGACUCCAACGACCAGAAGAACCGGGAGAUGCCCAUCUACCACCUGCCGCUGGUGGACACCGGGGCCCGGCAGCGGGACGUGGCGCUGAUGAAGCCGGUGCACGUCGGUAGCAGAGAGGAGGAGCUGCUGGAGAACUGGAGGGCCAUCCUCGGGAUGGGCAUCCUGGAGACGGACUGCGGCAGGCCGCUGUUCUCCACUCACUACGGCCUCUGGAGGAAGUGCUACUUCCAGGACCUGGACCCGGACAUCGACAAGCUCAUAGACCGGGGUAUUGCAGACCGCUGCACUGCUGUGAAGUAUCACUUCUCUCAGCCGAUCAGACUGAGGAACAUUCCUCUGAAUCUGACUAGAACCAUCCAGCAGGACGAGUGGCACCUGCUGCACCUGAGGAGGAUCACAGCAGGGUUCCUGGGGAUGGCGGCUGCCGUGCUGCUCUGUGGAAGCAUCGUCGCUUCAGUCGGAUUCUUCUGGGAGGAAAGUUUAACCCAACAUGUUUCAGGACUGCUGUUCCUCAUGGCAGGGAUCUUCUGCACCAUCUCUCUGUGCACCUAUGCAGCCAGUAUGACCUAUGACCUCUCCAGGAACCCCCCCUUCAUCUACGGGCUCCCCGCCGACGUGGACCACGGCUACGGCUGGUCCAUCUGCUGCGCCUGGGUCAGCCUGGGCCUCAGCGUGGCCGCCGGCUGCCUCGGCACCACCUUCCCCUUCCUCAGCCGGGCGGGGGGGCGGGGCUCCAAGACCGCCAGAGAGUCCUCCGUCUGA